ACGAGCUGCUGCAUCUCGAGAGUUGUGAAGUGAGACAUCUACCAAGAGUUAGCAGGACAUGUGUUUAAGUAGUCAGUAGUUUGCGAAGUUUAGAUUAGUUCUAACUGGAUUUGACAACAUUGGUCGUUGAUAGUGAGCGGGAAUCCUGAUUCACAUGAAAAAUCCUGGAGCCUAAGAUUAACAGGACUUUUUUACAAGGAGAUUGCCUACAUCAAUGGCCUGCAAAAGGAUAACUAUGCCACAGAUACAUAUCAGGUCCAAUCAGGGCUAGCGCACACAGGGACACACAUGGCGGUGUAAGCUGUGACUGUGAACCGUACUAUCAAGGAAAUUCCUCGGCCCUCCAGGGUCACCUCCGUGGGUUCUCUAUCUGGUGGUUUGUACAGCUGCACUAGCUUCUGUUUCUACAACACGCACACAAAACUCACACAGAGCACACUCUGUAUGGACAUGUUGUCUUAGUCUCUCAAGAGUUCCCUGGAAGCUGAAGUAGUUAUUUGCCCCCAAUACACGUCCAUGACCAUGGUGGCACACUGACAUUGAAGAGGAAUCUUGGGACUGUUGUGUAGCAUGACCUGAAGCGGAUCUCUCUCAUCAUCUAAAACUGCAUCAAAACAAAGCAUAAAGCAGGACGCUCCAGGGAGACGCCAUGGCUACUGAAAAUAAUCCGACACAGGUUGGGUCUGUAGUCCUGGCUCCGCAUGCUUCACCUCCAUCCACUGGGAGCACACCCAGCCGAGCAGCCAGACACGCAAAUGACAACCAGGAAGUAUGGCGGUACUCUGAACAAUUGUGGCAAUCGAAACAGCGGAGUAGCCCUUCCCUUCUGUUAUAUAGGAAGUUGUCGUGUGACAGUCGGAAAGGGACGAUUUUGGACGAGGAAUACGAGUGUUUGGAUUACAACUCAAAACUCUUGAGUACCGAGGAGAAACUUUAUCCAGAGCUGUUGGCUGGCAGAAGAAUUGAAGGAAUAACUAACACUGUUCCUCCGAUACCUGGGAAUAGUUCAGAGGGAUGUCCGGGCCAGAUGGACACGCCUGUAGAGGGUGUGGAUGUAGGCAGAUACAAGCAACCUGGCAGCACCCGCUGCUCCUGCACCCUGUCGAGCCUUUAUAUGGGUCCAAAAAUCUAUUGUUGCCACAGUCCCAGAUCCAGUCCAAGCCUCAGCUCUAGCCCUGUUCAGAGUCCUCGCCUCUGCCCCAGCCCCAGCACCAGUCCCUCUCAGCACAACUAUCGACACAUCCGUCGCAGUAGCCUGCCUGUGUCUAUGCUGGCUCUCCACAAGACGUUACCCUGCCUGUCAUCUCGGUGCGGUCCAUCCAGCGAACCGAGCUCUUUGGUGUCAUCGCCCUGUAGUUCCCCCCCUGCAAACCCCCGCCAGCUUCGCCGGAAUGGACACAUUCACUGGCAUCAUCUCAAAGAUGGCUACUCGAGUUUAGAAAGGCUCAACAGAAAGCCCAGGGUUAACAAAUGCUCCCUUGAGGAAUUAUUUCUAAGACGAACAUCUCUCGAAACCAUGAAAACAACCACGAGGACAACCCUAAGGAAGGAUGAGAGGUCAUCCUCAGGAGUGACCAGGAACUGUGGUGGCGGUAGCGGCGGCAGCAGCAGCAGCGAUGAGGGGGAUGGAGAGGGUCUCUUGGAUAACACAGAGUUUAUUAGAAACCGUAAAGAGCGUUCUACUGUCCUGGUGAGGCGCUUCUUCAAGAAUAAUCAAAAGAUGACCAAGUCAGUGUGUACUGGUACCAGAGCGAUUGUCAAGACCCUGCCAUCAGGACGCAUCUCCGAGGAGGUCUGGGACAAAGUUGGUAAUUGCAGGAUAUGGCAACCCAGCAAGAAGGAUAUGUGGCCAGUCGUAAUACGUACUAUGGGAGAAGAAUUCAGAGUCUGCAGGGAGAUGCUACAUUUUGUUGGAGUUAAGCUACAGCAGGUUAACAACUAUGUGCAGGACAGAGAGGAACUCAACCUGAUUUAUCCCGCCAAAAAGCUCCUGCUGUCUUGCCCCGGAUGUGUGUGUCUCAGGGAGUCUCGCUGGCCAUCGCACACCAACAGUGCCAGCCCAGCCAGACCAGAUCUGAUCCCCUACCGCUGUCAUCCAUCUAGGUUUUUUGCUUGUGGCCAGAGGACAUCGGUGUGUUCCCUGCUGACCGGAGCACUACUAGAGGCCACAGCAGCUCUCGGUGCCCGCUCCGCUCUGCCCUACCCUUUGCCCCAGGGCCCCAACAGCCACGCCGUGCUGAAGGAGCGUCAGCUGGCCAACAGUAUGACCAGCAGUGGCUCUUUUCCUCCCAGUGUCAGUGGGAUCAGUAAGGAGCUGGUGGAGGUGCGCCACCUUGUUCAGUUCCCUGAGGAGAUCGCCUGCAUCCUAACCGAGCAAGAGCAGCAGCUUUACCAACGGGUCUUUCCUCUGGACUACCUCCGUUUCCUCACCCGAGACGUGGGCACUCCUGAGUGUCAAACCAAACGGCACCCAAACCUCAAGGCUUCACUUUCGGUGCCCGCCAUGUCUACCCAGAGUGCUCAGCGAAGUAACGCUGUGGAGGACCUGGUGGCGCGCUUCAAUGAGGUUAGUUCGUGGGUGACCUGGCUUAUCCUAACAGCAGGGUCCAUGGAGGAGAAGAGAGAAGUUUUCUCCUAUCUAGUCCAUGUCGCUAAAUGCUGUUGGAACAUGGGAAACUACAACGGCGUCAUGGAGUUCCUGGCUGGUCUCAGGUCCCGCAAGGUGCUAAAGAUGUGGCAGUUUAUGGACCAGUCAGACAUAGAGACCAUGAGAAGCCUAAAGGACGCCAUGGCUCAGCACGAAUCUUCUUCUGAGUACAAGAAGGUUGUGACAAGAGCUCUCAAUAUCCCGGGAUGCAAGGUGGUGCCAUUCUGUGGGGUGUUUCUGAAGGAGCUGAGUGACGCCUUGGAUGGGACAGCAAGCAUCAUCAGCCUCAAACCACAUCCAGAUAGUACAGAGGACUCAAUAGAGUUUGCGUCUGACUACAGCGGCCAACAAAACUUCAUGUCGCGGUCUGGUUCAGAUGGACUACACGUCCCAGAGAAAGAAGCCACUGUCAGCAACAUCCUCCAGAUUAUCAGAUCUUGUAAUCGUAGUUUGGAAGCAGAGGAUACUGAUGAGGUGUCCACUAGUCCCUAUUCUACUGGUCCAUCCCCUGUGUCCAGAAACAACUCUUUCAGGGACCGCUGCCGCAAUCAUUCCCAUUCGUUUAGGGCACCGCCAGAAUCAAACCAUGUCUUAUUCACGGUGGGGGACUUAUCGGAUGUAGAGGCUGACUUGUCGUCUGAGCCGGUGGUGAAAGAGGUCGAGUUUCAGGGGACGGAGGAGACGCACAGAGCUUUCAGCCAUGGCACUGAGCUCAUUCCCUGGUAUGUGUUGUCGAUACAACCAGACAUUCACCAGUUUCUGCUGCAAGGGGCUACAGUCAUCCACUACGACCAGGACAGCCACCUCACAGCUCGCUGUCUGCUGCGACUACAACCUGACAACACAACACUCACUUGGGGUAAGCCUCAGAGCGCAGGGGCCGCCUCUACAGAACAGCCACUGGGAUUAGGACAGACUGUAUUGGCAGGACUAGCAGAGGGCCUGUUGGACCUCGGAGUGGUGAAGGCAGUGUUCCUUGGUCAUCAGGGAGUGGACGUCCAUGCUGUAUGUUUGCAGAACAAGCUAAGCCAGAUGAUAGUGGAGGAAAAUGGUCUCAGCCUCCUCUACGGCCUCAGUACCACCGACAACAGACUCCUGCACUUUGUAGCCCCCAACCACACGGCAAAGAUGCUCCAUAAAGGUCUGUCAGAGUUGGUGAAUGCAAACAGAAAAUUAAAGAAGUUUCCUGACCAAAGGUUGCAGUGGCUGAGAAAGCAGUAUGUCAGUUUGUAUCAGGAGGAUGGCAGGUACGAAGGCCCUACACUUGCUCAUGCCAUUGAGCUGUUUGGUGGGCGGAGGUGGAACAUGGCUACAGGCGGAGUGGAGAAAUCUGCUGCCCAGAAAAACAGCCCUCUGAGCAUCAAUGAUAAGACCAAGAAGAAGAAGAAGGUCCUUGUUAGGGGAGACAGUGGGGAUGCCACAGAUGACGAGAUGGUUUCCAGGAAAACAAGGAGCUGUAAGGAGGGACUAUAUCGAAACGGGCCAGAGUCUGACAGCAUUGACCAAGAAGAUCCAGACGACAGUUUCCCUGGACCAUUUUCCCUGUCAUCCAGUAAAAGUCCUGGAUUGCUAGCCUCGUCCUCUUCCUCCUCUUCCUCUUCCUCCAGCAUGGUAGGGUCUAACCAUUCCCGCCCGCAAUCCUCUCCGAUCCUCUCAGGAACUGCCAAGUCACAGCCAGGGGCGUGGAGCAGCAGGUCGUGGCACGGUCGAGGUAAAGGCUGUUUCAAAGGCUUCCAGAAUCUUAUGAUUUCUGACAGCUCGAUGAGCUUCAUCGAGUUCGUCGAGCUCUUCAAGUCAUUCAGUAUCCGAAGCAGGAAGGACCUGAAAGAGUUAUUUGACACCUUUGCUGUCCCAUGCAGUCGUUCAAGUCCAGAGUCUGCUCCUUUGUACACCAACCUCAGCAUAAAUGAUAAAGACACAGGGCUACAGCCAGACCUCGACCUAUUAACCCGCAACGGUUCUGAUCUUGGCCUAUUUAUCCGGACGAGGCAGCAGAUGUCUGACAACCAGAGGCAGAUCUCAGAUGCCAUUGCAGCAGCCAGCAUCGUGACAAACGGGACAGGAGUGGAAAAUGCAUCACUAGGCGUCUUGGGAUUGGCUAUUCCUCAGCUCAACGACUUCCUUGUGAACUGUCAGAGAGAACACCUGAGCUAUGAUGAGAUUCUCAGCAUUAUACAGAAAUUUGAGCCCUCAUCAAGCAUGAGACAGAUGGGUUGGAUGUCAUUUGAAGGCUUUGCAAGGUUUCUGAUGGAUAAGGAGAACUUUGCUUCUCGUAAUGAGGAAUCCCAGAUGAACCCGGAGGAGCUGCAGUACCCUCUGUCCUACUACUACAUUGAGUCUUCUCACAACACCUAUCUGACUGGACACCAGCUCAAAGGAGAGUCCUCUGUUGAGCUCUACAGUCAAGUGCUGCUGCAAGGCUGUAGGAGCGUUGAGUUGGACUGCUGGGAUGGAGAUGAUGGCAUGCCAGUUAUUUAUCAUGGACACACGCUUACCACUAAAAUACCCUUCAAGGAUGUGGUGGAAGCAGUUAACCGGUCUGCAUUUGUCAAUUCGGACAUGCCCGUCAUCCUGUCCAUAGAGAACCACUGCUCCCUUCCACAGCAGCGCAAGAUGGCUGAAAUCUUCAAGACAGUGUUCGGGGAACGGCUCGUGACUCGCUUCCUCUUUGAAAGUGACUUCAGCGAUGACCCUCACCUGCCUUCGCCACUGCAGCUGCGGGGGAGGAUCCUCCUCAAGAACAAGAAGCUCAAAGCACACCAGGCACCAGUGGACAUACUCAAACAGAAGGCUCACCAGCUGGCCCACAUGCAGGCCCAGGCUAGCAAUGGGUCAACGGGGGUUACUUUGCCUGGAAACCACACCAAUGAGGACGAGGAAGAGGAAGAAGACGAGUACGACUACGACUACGAGUCUCUAUCAGAUGCUGAUGUCCUCACAGCCUCUACUGCCUCAUAUGGCCUGGAAGAUAAUAUCCUGGAUGACAAACCAGAGGUGAGGAGCUCAACAGAAAAAGAAGAGCAGCCUGUUGAUGAACUACCGAAGAGGAUGAAGAAGUCUGAUAACACCACGCAGAGCAAAGGAAAGGUGUUUGACAUGGAGCUGGGUGAGGAGUUUUAUCUUCCUCAGAACAAGAAGGAGAGUCGACAGAUUGCCCAGGAGCUGUCAGACCUCAUCAUCUACUGCCAGGCUGUGAAAUUUCCUGGCCUGUCCACGCUGUCUCCAGCCGGCUCUGGUAGAGGGAAGGACCGGGGAAAAUCCAGGAAGUCCCUAUUUGGCACAGCUCCCCCUCGCUGUAGCACAACAGGAGAGAUUGUGACCCAGAGCCGCACCCCUGGGAAAGGUGGUGCAGAGCGGCUGAGCUGGGAGGAGCAGCAGACAUCUCCCAUCCUCAACCCCCCCACCUCUCUCAGCGCCAUCAUCCGCACGCCCAAGUGCUACCACAUCUCCUCCGUCAACGAGAACGCAGCCAAGCGCCUGUGCCGGCGUUACUCUCAGAAGCUGAUCCAGCACACCGUGUGCCAGCUGCUCAGGACGUACCCAGCAGCCACCAGGAUUGAUUCAACAAACCCCAACCCUCUGCUUUUCUGGUUGCAUGGUAUCCAGCUGGUGGCACUCAACUAUCAGACGGAUGACUUGCCCAUGCAGUUAAACACGGCUCUGUUUGAGGCCAAUGGCGGCUGUGGCUACGUCCUGAAACCGGCGGUCUUGUGGGACCGUACCUGUCCGCUCUACAAGCAGUUCUGUCCGAUGGAGAGGGAUGUGGAGAAAAUGAGCCCUGCUCUCUAUUCCCUAACUAUUGUCUCUGGUCAGAACGUUUGUCCCGGUAACACCGCUGGCAGCCCCUGCAUUGAAGUAGAUGUUCUGGGCAUGUCCAUCGACAGCUGCCACUUCCGCACCAAACCCAUCCACCGCAACACACUCAACCCCAUGUGGAGUGAGCAUUUCCAGUUCACCGUGCACUUUGAAGAGAUGUGCUUCCUGCGCUUCGCCGUAGUGGAGAACAACAGUUCCCAGACUACCGCUCAGAGGACACUGCCUCUAAAGGCCUUAAAGCCAGGUUACAGACAUGUCCAGUUGAGGACACAACAUAAUGAAGCUCUUGAAGUGUCAAGCCUGUUUAUCUUCAGCCGCAGAAUAGAGGACGGUCCCACAGGGGGCGCCACUCCCUCAUCACUGCUGUUCAGUUCAGAGGAGAAACAUGCCUCACGGCAGCACAGGGUGACAGUGUACGCAGCGCCUGGUCCUGAGCUCUUCACUGUGUUCUGUGUUACAGAACAGACGACCGCCAAACAGCUGCUGGACACGGUUGUAGCAUCUACAGGAAACCCGUCACAAUACUUUCUGUGUGAGGAGAAGGUCCCUCUGUUGAAGGAGCGCAGCGAGCUGAAGCGCUGUGCUCAGCAUCGUCCUCUUGCGCCCGAGGAGGAGGUGGUCAGACUGGUCUCCAGCUGGAACUCUGAGGAAGGAUUCAUGGGGAGGAUCUGCCUCAAAACACGAGAAGAGAACUUAAAUGAGAAGAACUCAUUGCUGGAGGGAGAGGAGGAGGUGACUGUGGGAGGUAAAGAAGGAGCAGGAGGAGGAGGAGGAGGAGGAGCAGCAGAGGAUGAUAUGUUCUUCGUCCAGGUCCAUGAAGUUUCCCCAGAACAGCCUCACACUGUGAUCAAAGCCCCGCGCUACAGCACUGCUCAGGACAUCAUACAGCAGACAUUGUCAAAGGCCAAGUAUUCCUACAGUAUCCUGUCUAAUCCCAAUCCAUAUGACUACGUCCUAAUGGAGGAAGUGACCAAGGAGGCUGGCUCUAAGAAGUCCUCCACCACUAAGCCCCUGCAGCGGCUACUGCUGGAUCACGAGUGUGUCUACCAAGCUCAGAGCCGCUGGCGUGGCGCGGGAAAGUUCAUUCUUAAACUCAAAGAGCAGGUGGUACGGGAAGACAAAAAGAAAGUCAUUUCCUUUGCCAGCGAGCUUAAGAAGCUGACCAGCCGCAGCCGCAGCAUGACGACUGGCGGUGGAGUGGACGGCCCCGCCCAAAGUAAGGAUGAUAGAGCUGCAUGCUGUGUGGCUCUGACAGAGCUCCAGGAGUGAGGCUCACACUCUGCCUGCUGUCUGUGCAUGGAAAGGCAACAGAGGGUAUCUGCCUGCAGGUCUGAAGGCGUGGGUGGCAGAGGGCAGGGUGGAGGCAGGAAGGUUCCUUCAGGCCUCCUCCUCCUCCUCCUCCUUUAGGGGGCAAAUUGAACCUGUCCACCUGCCCACCUCUUCUCUGACCCCUCCAGCCUGGACACUUCACCUUCUCAGAAACUGGAAGAUCCACAGAUGAAGUCCAGAGAGAGAGACUUGGGUUAACUACUUCUAAACUUGGAGGAUUCUCCUUUCCAUAAGAAGGCAAGGUGUUUCAGCGAGGGACGGAUACGCUACUUUCUAAAUCCUGUCUGAUCCAACCUAGUGUGAGUUGAGCAAAUGGAUGAGAAGAUUCAAUGGGUUCGGUGACAGAUCAGCCCCUUGGCUUGGUCAGAAAUCCCACUCAGCGUCACUUGGAGCAAUGGUGGUCCUUGGAGCAGGUAGCCGGCUCUUCUUGGUUUAUUGGUUGUAGUGCGGCUCCACCGAGAGUCCGGAGUACCAGAGGCAGCGGCUGUUAUUGAAGUCUUCGUGAUCAGGGACAUAAAGUAUUCCUUCUCUGACCAAUAAAAAGGAGCACUUUCCUGAGUCACAUUAAAAGAAUGAAGAGGUACGGGUGUCCGUUUCUUUUAUCUCCUAAAAAUGAGAAAGAGAAAUUACGUGCAAAUGGCCUCUGGGUUGAAUGACUUUAGCGAACCACAUUUAAAAGAGUUAUUUAAGUGUCCUAGCACGGGCUACAGUUUGCUAUCUUGUAUUUGGUUCUAUGUAAAUUUAUGAAGUAUUCUCCCUUUCUGGUAUCACACAAAGGAAGCACAGAGGAGACAGAGGGAGAUCUGCUUGUAAAAACAGAAGGAGAGAUGUAGGAGAGAAUGAGAGCUCUUGAGGUAACACAGUAUUCUUCUCUUUCUCAGGUAUGGGCACUUUCUUUUCUGACGGUAUUGUGAAUUGUGAAUGAGGCUGACAAGCGGGCUUGUUUGGUUCUUUUCUUAUUGUUUCAGUUUCACAGUACUGUAAAGGCACAUUUUGGUCAACACUCACAACAAGACAAAUAUUCAGAUAUUCUGUAGUGAAAGCAAUGCUUUAGGUGAUGUUUUUGGACACUACUGUCGCUACCCUAAAGGUGACGUGAAGGUGAUGCAUGAACAGUGUUUGAAGGCAGUGUAGCUGUGCAAGAUGAACUUGUUGAGGGGCAAAUAUGAAACCACUUCUUAUCGCUGUGGUGAUAAAGGUAUGACCCCUCUAAGUUGCCUUUAAAUGUUGCAACACUGCCUUUAACUUUUGGUUAUUUUUGUAGAUGUAUCUCUGAAGGACGAUCUGUGGCUCGUUUCACAAAGUAUUUUCUUUCUGUCAUCAUUGUCCACUAAUAUAUGUUAACCAUAUGCGAACUAAAUAAAUAAUUGUAUACAUAAUUUCAAAGAAAAAAUAUAUAUUUGUUGUAAUUUUCAUUGAGGAAUACUACUAAUGCUAAUUGGGCCAGGGUUUGAUAUAUAAACACAAGUGGCCAUACAAGAAAUUGACCGAAACAAAAUGUCUAAAAUUGUUUAAAUUAUUAGUUGAAUUCAGAAUUAUUUCAUAGAAUAAGUAAUUAAGAUUACAAAUUUGACCAAACAUUUUAUUCCAGGUUUCGGUCCUGGACAGUUAUGGAAAGUAUCAAGGCUCAUUACCCAGUCCUAAUGCUAAUAGUGUUAACAAGCCAUUGACUAAACUGAGAAACCCACAAUGUGACGAGGACUUAAGGAGGAAUAAAAUGCUAAAACUAAUAAUAUUUUGUCCUUUAGUCGAAUAGAACAAUGACGAUGUUGGCACGUAGAUGCUUUGGAGGAACAGCCAAGUCUUCUUCAGACCAGCAUUUUGCACAUUUUGCUUUUCCUUUUGCUGUCAUCUUAAUUUGUUUUUGUGUAACUGUCUGAAAACGGUUUUUCUUUUUAAUUAUGAUCAUCAUAUUAAUUACUUUUAAUUGCAGCCCAGUAGUGAAUUUAUUUUUGAGGUAAGCACAAGAUAAAUGUUUGGAUUGUUUUUAAUCUUUGUCUAACUGUAAUCAGCAUGUAGUCUGAGCCCAAAUGUGAAAUUCCCUACUCAAAAACAUUACCUAGCGACAGAAUUAAUUGCAUUUAACUUUAAUUUAUUGGCCUAGAUUUAAUGGCCUUAGAUUUUGAAUACAGUUUCUAUAUACAGUAGAUGACUAGUAUUGAUUGUCAGUAAUGAUUGUGUGCUUUUCUUUAUUUCUACUUAUUUCAAGUUUCUUUUAGAAUUUACUAAAACUUGAUUGAUUUGAAGCCACGUUUCCCGUUCUUUCUGUUUUGAUGUAUAACAUUUCCAGAUUCUUUUUUUUUCUUUAGAAUAUAAUUAUUGUUGUCUUUGGCAUUUCACUUAUUAAUUUGUAGAUCUUGCUUAUACUGUAGUACUGCAGAUCCUUGAAGAACCAUUUUUAAAGCUACACUAAAAUGUUCUCUUUCAGUGGGUCAUGAUUGGUGAAAUCGAGACAAGAAAAGACCUAAAGGUCUUUCCCUAACCUCGUAGAGACAAAAUGACAACUUAAUUUCCUAUAUUAAAUCGAUAGAAAAUCCAUAGUUUUAAACUAAAAUCAGUUUGGGGUUAAGAAUAAAUUAUACUGUUAUAAAGUAAUUUUGCCAAUUUUCUUUAACCCAAAUUCCGACA